AUGAAGCUGCUACCGAUCCCACUGUCGCCGCUGAAUGCGCCGCCACCGCUCGGGCUGUGGAACUCGGAGCUCCUGUGGCGCUACCCGCCCGCUCCGCCGAGCCCGCUGGCCGACCUGAAGACGCAGCUGCCGCCGCAGCUCAACACGGACCCGCGCAUCUGGGGCCGGGACGAGGUGGUCGUGUUUCUGCGGUUCUGCGAGCGCGAGUUCGACCUGCCCAAGUUCGACCUGGACCUGUUCCAGAUGAACGGCAAGGCGCUGUGCGUGCUGACCAAGAACGAUCUCGCCGAGCGCAGCCCGGGCGCGGGCGACGUGCUCCACAACGUGCUGCAGAUGCUGAUCCGCGACGCGCAAACCCUGCACCGGCACCUCCCGAGCAGCCCGGUCACGCCGACCGGCCGCUACCCGCUGUCGCCCCACAGCCACCCGCCGACCCCGAACUGGAGUGCCCUGGCCCCGCCCGACAGCCCGUUCUUCCACAGCUCGCACCUGCAGCAGUUCAUGGCCGCGUCCAACUCGGUCACCCUCAGCCCGGCCCCCUCGAUCGACUCGCAGGCCGGAAGCCCCCCGUCGCAGGGCCACGGCGAGGCGACCGUCUUCCAGAAGUCCUCCUCGUCGUCCGUCUCGUCGACGGCCUCGUCAAGCGGCGGUGGCAGAAGCAAUGUGUUUAAGACUGUCCGUAAAGUCUGUCGAAUAUGCAACAAUCCGGACGACGACGAUCUCAUCUCGGUGCAGCUGGUUCAGGAACAGGUAUCGAUCGCUGAAAAGAUUGAGGCGAUCACGGGCAUCGAGGUGACCAGUGAUCGCCGUUUGCCACAAAACAUUUGCUUGGAUUGCUUCGAGCGGCUACGGCUGGCGUUUGAGCUGCGCCAACAGUGCAUUGAAACGGACGCCCGGUUACGCGCAUUACUCGAAGCAACACGGUAA